CAGAGACACAGAGAGAGCGCGGAGGAAGUUUGAGUCAGUUUUCAGAGAGUGCAGACAGAGAAGAUGAUGCGGCGGACGGCGUUUCUUUCCCAUCAGCUCCACUGCUGCCAUCGUCGUUAUCCAACAAUCCAUCCAAUACCAGCUGAGGAAUAAUGUCCGCCAACAGCACCGCGGAGUCCUACACCUGCGUGCGCUUCUACGUCUCCACCGUGUCCUUCUCGGUGCUGCUCUUCUUCAACCUCAUCAUCAACUGGACCAUCGUGCGCGAGGAACGGCUCCGCAGUCAUGCCCGCUUCGUGCUCGUGUUCCACCUGCUCGUGUCCGCCCUGGUCCACCUGGGCACGAGCAGCGUCUUCUACUACCAGAUCCACCUGAAGGCGAGACCGGGCCGCUCGGCGUGCCUGGCCAUGAUCACCGUCCUCAUCAGCAGCGCCUCCAACAUCCUCCUGACGCUCACGGCGAUGGCUUUGGACCGUUACUGCGCCGUGUGUCACCCGAUGCGCUACACCUCCGCCUGCACCGCCCGGCGCUGGCCCUGGCUGCUGGGAGCGCUAACCUGGCUGCUGGCUUUGGCGAUCCCCCUCAGUCUGCUCCUUCAGCCGGACUCCCAGACCAGCAGGGACGCCUACCACGGGGAAUGCGGGCCGGAGCAGCUGAGGACAGGCGAGCUGCAGAAGGUGCUGUUCAUCGGUUUGUGCACGCUGAUCAUCCUGUACAGCUACGUGAGGAUCCUGGUGGAGAGCCGCCGGUUAGGGGUUCUCAACCGGCGCAACAAGGCGGGAUGUAAGACGAUCGCCCUGCACGGCUCGCAGCUGGCCGUGUACAUCCUCCCCAACUUUGUGAGCUUCGUGCUGUCCAUUCUCAACAAACGGAGGCUCAUCGAGAGGGACACCAAAGAGCUGUCGGCCGUGGUCAUCUUUGCUUUCUUCAGCCUGGCGCAGUGCGUUGCGCCGGUUGUUUACGGUUUGCGUAAAGAGGAACUUUUGGAGCAGCUGAGUCACAGGUUCCCCUGCUGUUCCCGAUACAUGAAGGCUGUCCUCGGGUGGACCGUGCGAGCCAGCUGGCCUCAAACGCACCACAGAGCAAGGGAGCGAACACUGACAAGUCAAACCAUCAUCUCCCUAGAAGUCCCACCAGUCACAGAGGAGGAGAGGGAAACCACGCCAGUGCCAGUCAGGAGUUCCUCACAUGACCUGAAUGCAUCUCACAGCAAUACAGACGAUGCCUGAUGGGAAAAAGUAGGUUGAUGUCAGGAUCUUAACUGUAAUAGGACCACACGGAUAUGUGGCUGGUGUUCUCGAACCCGAAAGGAACUAAAGGAACCACCUUUAAGUUCAUAACACCAGCCAGAGAGGAGUUAUCCUGACAUGAGAACGUUUAUUCCAGGAGGUACAGCAGCAUGGGGCCUCGGUAUAUUUUUAUUUUGGUCUAUUUUUGACUGUUGGUCUGGUGAGGACACGUGCUGACUAACAGUGGAACUUGCUCACUGACCAGAGGGAACAGUUCUCUUGAUGUAGAUUUCCUGGCUGGUCCAGGGAGUUAAGUGUUCAGGUCACAACUCUGCCUCUCUGACCUCGAAGCUGAAAACAGUUCUCCACCAUUUGAGCUUAUUACGACAUGGAUGGACGAUGCACUCCUAUAACAUAUCACGUGGUGAAUCUUAUUCUUAAUAACAUGGUGGAUUUUAAAAUGUGAAUUUGUCUUGAGAGGGGAGGUCAUGUGAAGGCAUUUAACGGUCUAUUUUACAUUAUGAGUAAAUAUUUGCUGUGUCAUGAUCAGAUACAUAUCAGGAGAUAAAUACAGGCAGAGCGCAAAGGAUUCAUACAAGUGAUACAAAGGGCAGCUUUUGUGGCAUCAAGACCAUUUUCGACCAAAAAAAUGCAACAAAAAAAGGGUAGAAUUUACACAAUAUUAAGUUAACCUACUAACAUGCUGUCUCACAUUUUAACUUGUAAGCAAUUAACAAAGCAUGUAACACCAAAAUGUCUGCCAACUUUUCAAAACCCUUCAGAAAAAGACAGGGGACACAUUUCACAAGCUAGCAUCACUAACCUUAUUAGCUGUGUGCUGAAGAUGUAUGACUCCGUACUGAACUUGUGAUUUCUUGUCUGUGACCCCACUCAUGAUCUGCCUAUUAUUUCCAACACAAUCCACACUUGGUUGUUUCAUGGUGUUCAUUCUGUUGCAGAGGUACAACGUAUGGGGCAACUAGAACUUAUUAUGAUGAAAGAAUGGAUAGAAUUGAAUAAAGUAUUGCAAUCUGCAGUUA